UCCAUAAGUUCCAUAUAAACCGAUAGUCGGACCAGUCGAGCCGAAUUACUACAAGUCAACAGUAUCGGCAUCGCCACCUUCCGGCAAACGGAGAUCGCCGCCGCGCCGCCGGAUACGGAUCAGUAGAAUCCAUCUUUGAGUUCGGUGCUAGUAGUCUUCACUUUCUAUCUUCUCGAUUACACUGGUUUGUGGUCGUAGUCUCGUAGAAAAAGAUAUAUGAUAGUCUGAGGUUUUGUCAUUCAGACUAUCUCUAUAUCAUGGAUCUCUUACACUCGUAUGCUGAUGAUGAAAUGGACGAUGAAGGGCAAUCUGAAGAACAACCACAAUCCUCCAACCAAAACCCUAAUUCCCAACCGCUUGAGCAUUCAAAUCACUCCUCUCCAGAUUCAUCUCCAGUCCGGAUGUCACUCCCAUCCAAAUCUGCUGCCCCAAAAGUUAACGACACCAUGUUGGCCCUCACGGUUGCUGGCAGUGCGGCUCGAGCUCUUUCAAAACCCCUCGACCCAACUCAACACACAGUCUCAUUUAAUCCCACUUAUGACCAGCUCUGGGCACCAAUUUAUGGCCCUGCACACCCUUAUGCAAAGGAUGGCCUUGCACAGGGCCUCCGCAAUCACAAGUUGGGGUUUGUGGAAAAUGCUGCUAUUGAGCCAUUUGUUUUCGAUGAGCAGUAUAAUACGUUUCAAAAAUAUGGUUAUGCAUUUGACCCCUCGGCAAAUAACUUUGUUGGGGAUAUGGAUGCUUUGAAGAAGAAUGAUGCAAUUUCAGUGUAUAAUAUACCACAGCAUGAGCAGAAGAAGAGGAAGCUUGAGAAAAAGAAGGAGAUGAUGGAGAAUGAGCAAGGAGAUGGUGAGGAGGAUGUUGAUGCAGCAGAAGUGGAUAAUCCGGCCACUGAGGUGUGGUUGAGGAAGAAUAGAAAGAGCCCUUGGUCUGGGAAGAAGGAGGGUUUGCAAACUGAUCUAACUGAGGAGCAAAAGAAGUAUGCUGAAGAGUAUGCGAAGAAGAAGGGUGAGGAGAAAGGUGAAAGAGAAAAGGGAGAGUCUUUGGUUGAGAAGAGUACAUUUCAUGGUAAGGAAGAGAGGGAUUAUCAGGGAAGGUCAUGGAUUGCACCUCCUAAGGAUGCAAAGCCACAGAAUGAUCAUUGUUAUAUUCCAAAGAGAUUGGUGCAUACUUGGAGUGGCCACACAAAAGGAGUUUCUGCUAUUAGGUUCUUCCCCAAGCAUGGCCAUUUGAUUCUCUCUGCUGGGAUGGAUACAAAAGUAAAGAUAUGGGAUGUUUUCAAUUCAGGCAAGUGUAUGAGGACUUACAUGGGGCACUCAAAGGCAGUGAGAGAUAUUUGGUUUUGCAAUGACGGAACUAAAUUUUUAACUGCAAGCUAUGACAAAAAUAUUAAGUAUUGGGAUACAGAGACUGGCAAGGUGAUAUCUACAUUUUCCACCGGGAAGAUACCUUAUGUGGUGAGGCUUAAUCCCGAUGAGGAUAAACAGAAUGUACUUCUGGCGGGUAUGAGCGAUAAGAAGAUAGUACAGUGGGAUAUUAACACUGGGCAGAUUACUCAGGAGUAUGAUCAGCACCUCGGAGCAGUUAAUACAAUCACAUUUGUGGAUGAUAAUAGGAGGUUUGUAACUUCUAGUGAUGAUAAAUCUCUCCGUGUUUGGGAAUAUGGCAUUCCUGUUGUUAUUAAGUAUAUUAGUGAACCCCAUAUGCACUCUAUGCCAUCCAUUUCACCACAUCCAAAUGGGAAUUGGCUUGCGGCCCAGAGUUUGGACAAUCAAAUUCUUAUCUACAGCGCUAGAGAGAGGUUCCAGCUGAACAAGAAGAAGAGAUUUGCUGGGCAUGUUGUAGCUGGGUAUGCAUGUCAGGUUAAUUUCUCACCUGAUGGGCGGUUUGUCCUCUCCGGAGAUGGUGAAGGUAGAUGCUGGUUUUGGGAUUGGAAGAGUUGCAAAGUCUUUAGAACCCUCAAGUGUCAUGAUGGGGUAUGCAUUGGUUGUGAGUGGCAUCCAUUGGAGCAAAGUAAAGUUGCUACAUGUGGCUGGGAUGGAUUGAUCAAAUACUGGGACUAGACUACGGAAUGCCAAGCUCAUGUUUGUAUUUAUCGAUCAACUCUUUGGCGGAAGAGGUUUACUAUAAUCUACAAUAUAAUAUAUAUAGCAACGCUGUAUGAGCUUUGAAGACAUCCUUACAACUUACAGGUUCGAACCCCGGUUGUAUGUUUGCUAGAAUAAAAGUAGCAUUAUAACUUGGUGUCCUUGUAUCCCCAUCUAUCUAUCUGUACUUGAUCAAUUUUGUGCACCAGGCCAGGAGGUAUUACAUGCAAAUUUAACUGA